AACCCGGAAAAGUGCCUCUUCCUCCGCAAAGGAUGGUAAGAGAUCUCACAGAAAAAGGCAAACUUCAGUGGAUGAGUGACAUGGCCAAGGUACAUUCUUUAGUGCCAAUUGCUCCAGCUGAUGCUGCUUGUUCUCCAUAUACGGCUCUAAAGGGAGAAGCUUUCACGGUGUGGAUGAAGUCGCUCAUCAUGCAAGGAAAUGGCUGCACUGUUUUCAACCAGAAAGGCGAGAUCGUUUACCAUAUGGAUAACUACGAAAAGAAGGGUAGCAGAAAAGUUUUUCUCAUGGAUUUACGCGGAAAAGUUCUCUUCACCAUAAUUCAAAGGAAACUUCGAGUUUUUGGGCGCUGGGAGGGAUACAAAUGCACCGGCACCGGCUCAGAUGCAAAUGACAGAGAACUUUGGUUCCAGGUCAAAAACGGUUGUCCCAUCUUUAAAAAGAGAUCAUCCUGCCAAGUUUCUGUGCACUGUGACAAAGCUCAGGCAAGAUUUUUUAACAUGGAGAGCACGGCUGGUAAAUCGGAAUUCAGCAUAGUCAACAGAACAGGAGGACUGAUUGCAGAGGUUGGCCUCUUCAUACAUCUGACCACCCUUAUAGUCUAGUCCAGGUACUUCUUAUUCUCUCAAACUAACACUCUGCCUUUCUUUGGUGAUUUUCCAGGGAAAGAGGAAGCAGUCGUCUUCUGGAGUAUACCUAGGAGAUGAUGUUUUGACUUUGGCUGUAGAGCCUGAAGUUGAUCAUUCCCUAGUCGUGGCUCUUGUCGCUGUUUAUGGAUCAAUGCAUCGGAGAAUGUGAUCUAAUCUCGACAUAGCGAGAGCGGCAAGC